AAAAACAUUGCGGGCGACUACACGAAAGACUCAAACGCGCUCCAUACACUCUCUGCGGGCCAUGACAAAGGCAUCGAGACUCUUUGCUGAUGUACUGACCGCUUUCAUCCUCUGGGUCGUCCUGCUGCUCGAUUACGUGCCACUCCCAGCUUCCGUCAAGUCCAUCAUACCCGUCCUGCCAUUAUGGGCGAUUGUCUCAUUUGGCGCCUACUUGCUCGGUACGUUGGGAUGGAAUAUCUUUACUUUCCAAGAUAAGCAUGACGCGUAUAAGAGUCUGCUCAAGGAGAUUGAAGAAGCCAAGGAGGAUCUUCGUGGAAAGGGCGUCACGGUGGACUAAAGAGCGAUAUACAGGGGGUUGUCUUGCGACGGGCUAGGCUACGAUGUGAAGCCUUAAGCUUGUGCAUGGCACACAAGAAACACGCGAUACUGUCUUGAGAAGAGGCAGUAGAUGCCUGUGCCUUGCUUCGACCUUGCUCCGGUUUGUAUAUAGUCUAUAGAGCAGCUCGUUGAGGCUUCCUCCUGUGUAGCAGCAGCAGCAGCAGCAGCAAUCAGACCCAACACCCAAAAGACGCACAACCAAAACCCCUGCAUGCUUAAGCUUGAAUCUCUCCUUAUCC